AUGAGAAUUGUUUAUCUAACAGCGAAAUUCUUUCCUGUCGAAGUCAGUCGCAUUUCACCCCCACUCCGCCUCCAUCCCACAUUUACUCUUUCAAAUUUCGCGUUUCUUCGGUAUAGCUAUUAUUUUUUUCUUAUUCUUUUUUUUAUUUCUUUUGUUGGUUUUUUUUUCUCAUUUUAUAUCUGCAGCUUUCUGUUGUUUUCUCCUUUUUUUCACGUUUACUUUGCUUUUUUCUCUUUCUUUUUUUUCUCCUAUAUUUUUCCAAUUUUCUUCUUCAAAGAUACGUGUGUAAUUUUUAUUCUUUCCUUCUUUUAUUAUUUCUUUGUUGCUUUCUCUAUUAUCCUCUUUUUUCAUCUAUCUAUUUUUUUCGGGAAAAUUGCUUUCGUUACUUGUUUCUUUCUUUCUCCUUUUUUUUUCGUUCAUUGUCAUUGUUGUCAUUUAUAUUGGCGUCUCUUUCCUUGUUUUUUCUUCUCUCCCUUUUCUUUUUAUUCCUCUCCAUCAAUGACAAUCUCACAAAUUGAUAUAAGUACAACGUCGAGUUGUUGGGUUUCCGGUCGACUGUGUCCCCUGGAGCCACGACUAUCUAUCUAUCUAUCUAUCUAUCUAUCUAUCUAUCUAUCUAUCUACAAUUUAUUUUAG